AUGAAGAGUUGAUUACGUGCUAUGGAAGAACUGGACUUACUGGGACUUGUUCAAUUGGUUUCUGGCCCGAGCAGAAUGGCUGUGGAGAACGAGUUUGGAAGUUGCAUUGGUAACAAACAGCUUUGAACCUUUCACACCCAUGAGCGCUUUUCAUCUGUCCACAUCCUCGCUCCUCCACCAGUUCCAGUGAACGAUUCCUAGUUGAUAUGACGACUGAAGCUACUCGUGAUCAAAAGGUCGUGCUCGACCAUCUCAGGCAAAAGCUGCGGGAUUAUAAGGAACUCCACGAUGUACAAGUACGACCACACCGGCCUAUACAACUAUCUAGAAGCCACGAAAGUGUUUAUAUACUGACUUACAACAAUACGCCAGUUUGUGUAGAGGUCUUCAAAGAAGACCAAGUGGAUUUCUCGCAUACCUACAGCGACUUCAUCCUGAUCAAGAUUUGGAGCCCGUUAACGAACAAACAUGUUGUUCAAUUUUACGGGUGGAUCCUUAACAGUGGUUCAGGGAAUAUGAAACCGACUCCAGGCCUGGUGUCAUACUGGCGUGAAGGUGGAAAGGUGUUAUCUGAUUAUCUUAAGCCAAAACAAGCCAUGACUGAUGAGCAGCGUUUGACCAUGCUUCUAGACAUUGGAAGUGGCCUUGAUUUCCUGCAUGCACAGGCUAUAGUGCAUGGUGGCGUAAAACCAGCAAGUUGUGUGGCUUGCGCGCCCAGAUCUAGCCCACUUAUUUUUUAAUCUAUAUCCAGGACAACAUUGUAGUCCACCAACAAGGACACCCACAACUACGUGAAGUUGGAAGAUCCUGUAUUCCAUCUAAAUGCCAGACGCAGACACCCGUGGAGGCCAUGCGGUACACAGCUCCAGAAGUGUUGAAUGGCGAAUCCUCCCGCAAUAGAAAGGGAGACGUUUGGGCCUUUGGGUGCGUAGCUACGCAGAUCUUCUGUGGCAAGCGUCCAUUCCACUAUGCUAAACGCUCUCCAGUCC